UUGAGCCAAAUGAUGUCUUUAAGUACCUAUCCGUCAAUUGACAUUCGAUGCGAGUCUAAUGACUCAUUCUAAUUUCUUUCAGAAAAGGAACCCGUUGGAAGGAUCACUAGAAGGAACCCGUUGGGCCGUGCACCGGGUGGGUCCGAGCGCGGUAGCCGGGGGUCCUCUAGGGGAUCAAGAGGAAGGGGCCGUGGAGGCCAACGUCAAACCGUGAGCGAUGGCCACGUCGAUACCGAAAGUGAGACCUAUUGGUCCUAUGAGGACUCAACGUACCAGCCGGGGACUGAGCCAGUUGAGACCCCUUACGAAGGGAAUGAUGAUGAUGUGAGUGAUGAGGAGGAAAGUGGCUCCUUGGCCAGGAUCGAAGCGUUGUUCCAACAGUAUCAUCGGGAGCGCGAAGAAAGGAGGGCACGCCAAAGGCACCGUGCAGGGCAACCUGCGGGCGGGGCUUCAAGAGGGAGGAGCUAUUACGAUUCGAGAACCCAUAUGGAAGCGCAUGGAAGUCGGGGCGAUGGAGGAGAGAAAGAAGAGAGAUGCCGAAGAGGCUAAGAAAAGAAAGUGGGAAAGCCAUGGCCCCCAAGGUCCCAACAAGAAGGGGAACCAUGGGGGAGGUAGAUCGUUCAGGGCACCGGCAGCACCAUCCAAGGGAAACCCGGCCACGAGCGGGCACUACUCGGGCUCACAAGCCCCAACGACGCCCAGGUGCAGGAAUUGCAACGGGAACCACAUCGGUAAGUGUCGUGAUCCACCACGGUGCUACCAAUGCGGGAGUACAGGGCAUAUUAAGCCAAACUGCCCUCAACUUGGUGG